AUGCUGGUGGUCCUGCUCACAGCGGCCUUGCUGGCCCUGAGCUCUGCUCAGGAACCAGAAGAUUUUCAGAGCCAAAACCAGAUCCCCAAUCAGAGACCACCUCCUCCCGGAUUGCCACAAAGACACGAACCACCAAACGGAGGAAACCAACAGCAAGGUGGCCCUCCUCCGCCUGGAAACCCACAAGGCCCACCCCCACCAGGAGGCCCACAGCAGAACAGACCACCUCUGCCUGGAAACCCACAAGGCCCACCCCCACCAGGAGGCCCACAGCAGAACAGACCACCUCUGCCUGGAAACCCACAAGGCCCACCCCCACCAGGAGGCCCACAGCAGAACAGACCACCUCCGCCUGGAAACCCACAAGGCCCACCCCCACCAGGAGGCCCACAGCAGAACAGACCACCUCCGCCUGGAAACCCACAAGGCCCACCCCCACCAGGAGGCCCACAGCAGAACAGACCACCUCCACCUGGAAACCCACAAGGCCCACCCCCACCAGGAGGCCCACAGCAGAACAGACCACCUCCACCUGGAAACCCACAAGGCCCACCCCCACCAGGAGGCCCACAGCAGAACAGACCACCUCUGCCUGGAAACCCACAAGGCCCACCCCCACCAGGAGGCCCACAGCAGAACCAAGGCCCUCAGCCUGGAAACCAGCAAGGCCCUCAACAGUCUUCCCAAGGGUUUAGACCACUGGGACGUCCCCAGGGUUUUGGUCCCCAGUAA